CUGGCGUGACGUGAGGAGAGAGAAAGCUAAAGGGGAGGGAAUUGGCAGGAUCCGUUCACCGUUCAACUUCAGUAGUAUUAGCCUCAUUUCCAAUUGAGAAUAGGCUAAAUCCAAGCAAAAGCCGCAGUGGGCUACAUCGACUGCAGAAUUUAAUCAACCGAACGAAAAGUAUAUAUAGCCUAUAGCUCUUGUGACAAUACAAAGCAAAGUAAUUAUUUAGUAGUUAACUAACGUAGAUUAUACAUUUGAAGGCAUUUAACCGGAAGACUGAGAAACUAAAUUGAUAUUUAUUGAUAGCAUAUUUAUUAUAUAUUCUUUAUUUAUAAAUUCAUUCAUUUCGAACGGGAAGAUGAACGGGAUAACUCGGAGCAUGUGUACUUUUGACGACGUCAGAACGGACGAUAAAGCUAAGGACCACUGCAGGAGGCUCAGGCUGACUCUACACGAGCAGAACCAGCAGCAUCGGACCCCGGCCCAGCCCAGGAGCAAGCCGAUUGGCCGAGCGUUUGCAUUGGUGCAGCCCUCCAGCGAGAGGCAGCCAGUGAAGUUUGAUUCCAUCAGACCAACGGAAGAAAAGGUCGAGAUCAUAAAGGUGUACCUGGAGGGGCGUAAGAAGGAGCAGGCCAGAGACCAGCAAAACCUGAAGAUGUUGACGGAUGAAGUCUCUCAGAUACAGGAGGUCAGGUACUGUCUGAAAACCCUGAGGGAGGUUAUGGCAGCGAGGAACAAUAACAACAACGGAGAGCAGAAGUUCCCACCCAAUGGCUACACAGUCCAUGUGGCGAGCAGUCAGCCCCCGGCGUCCAGUCAGAAGGACGACAGCGCUGCUGCAGAAGAGCAGGACUGGGAGGAUGAGCAGGAGAGUGCCCGUCUGAGGGAGGUGAGUAAGCGGUUAUACGGGCAGCUCCAGGAGGCAGAGAGGAGGCACCAGGAGGACAGGGAGCGGCUGCAGGCUGAGAGUGGUCAGUACAGGCAGCAGCUGAGUGAGCAGGGGGAGCGGUUGGUGCGGGCGGAGGAGGGGGUGGAGUCUCGGGACCGGCGAAUCGAGGAGCUGCAGCGGCUGCUGAGUGGCAUGCAGCAGGAGAGCGCCGCCCUGCAGGAGAAGAUGAGGAACAGCGAGGAGGAGCUGCUGCACCUGCGGGAACACAAGGAGGAGUCCCAGAGGUCAGAGCAGCUGGAGAAAGAGCUGGCCAUCAUGAAGGAGAAGAUCCAUCACCUGGACGACAUGCUGAAGAGCCAGCAGAGGAAAGUCCGCCACAUGAUCGAACAGCUGGAGAAUUCGCGGACGGUGAUCCAGGAGAGAGACCACAUGAUCCGGGAGCUUGAGGAGAGGGUGGCUUACCUGGAGGCAGAGAACAGAGAGCUGCAUGACCAGAUGGAUUACUUCCUCGGGGGUCAGAGGCCCAACGCCAAUCAGUCCUCUGCAGAGCGUAGCCCACAGAUCGUGUACAGCUCUGGCGCCAGGAAGGGCGUGGCCACGGGGCCACUGGCCCGCCCACUCUUACCUUUUACCUAAUUGCAACACGUACGGUAAUGGGACCGUUGCAUGCCCUCCCGUCCACUCUGAGACUUUAGAGGGGGUUUCGGGAUAUAUUUGGCCCCUGCACUGAAAUGAUUCCGGCACCCCUGCCCCACAGACACCAGACUCAUUGGGCUCAUUCCAGCCGCGGAUUUUUCUCCUCUUUUUUCUUUUCCUUGCUCCUGAGGUCCGCCAUCUUUAAGGACAUUCCAAACCGUUAAAUGUUCCUUCAAGGAGCAAGAAGUAGAGGUUAGGAACUCUCAAUCUUGCCUCUGAGCUAGGAAACAUGAGCGCAUCCUUUGCGGAAGUAUUUUUUCGGAAAGCGUGACGUAUACAUGAUUGGAUCCGCCUCUCCCCAUCUGCCAUGUAUCUGCCGUGUCUGUAACUGACGUGGCUUCGUCCUGGCAUCGGAAGGAGCAAUGAUAUUCCAUUUGCCUCAUUCACUUUUUCUCGAUUUUCACUUAUUUUUCUAUCCUCUCCUGAUGGGUGGGCCUAGGAGUAGAAAAAGGAGCAAGGAAAAGAGAAAAGAGGAGCGACUAAAAUGAAAAAUAAGCGAUUGGAAUGAACCCAUUAUUUGAAAAAGAUAUCGGUUGUCGUUGUUUGUGUGUGCCGUUGCUGAGCGCUGAACGCUUUGUGUUUCUUUUUAUGACCGCAGCAAGCCACUCCGGCCGUCAAACCACGGCAACAAGUCUCUGCCCUUCAUCAAGGUCAUCGAGAUCAAGUCCUGAGCUCCCUCGGGCGGACGAGAGGCCUGCUGACGGCCACAAACACCACAGAAACACCUCAGAGUAUUACCCACCCUCCCUCUGCCCCGGGAACACCCUCAUCUCUGCCUACGUACGGGAUCAGUGUAGGCACCGGUAUGGACGGACAUGAACAUAGUAGGCAUCGGUUUACAGAGAUUCUUCUUUAAAAGUCUUUUCUCAUAUCCUGUCAGAGUCCAUCCCAUUUAAGUGAAGCAGUCUGAGUCGGGCUUUAGCGCGUAAUGUAGCGGGGACUUAAUAUCUUCAUUGAAUCAGCAGAGGAAAGUCUGUGUCUCAGGGCUGUGGAUACUGCUGGCCCUGCCCUGGCUGCUGCUCCUCCCCUUGAACCAGGAGACGGAUCUAUUCAUUCAGUUCAGUCUUCCUGGGAUGAAAAAUCAGGUCAUUGAUUAACAGGCUACUACAAAGAUUGGGUUUCGGGAGUCUGGUCUGGGUCAUUGCCAGGGGGGGGAGAAGUGGGAGAGACCACAGCAGUACGCUGGUGAUAUAACAAUGUCAGCUCAAACACAAUGCGUUAUUUACUCCCGUUAAUUCAAUCGAUCGGUCGAUUUAACCGAUGGCGUAGGAGUAGAGCUGAGCUGAGAGAACCGGGAAGAUUAUAUGAGACCAUUCACAGGGACGAGCUGAAACAAGAGACAGUGGAACACAGAGCUCAGAGAAAUGCACUCUGUUUAAUGAUGAACAGGGGAGACGUCUUCCUCAGUCGAACACCUCACGGUGAUACUGCUCUCGCUGCGCACAGAGACACAGUUAUCUGCUCUAUUUAACCUAUUGCAUUGGGAGGACCAGGGUCCCUACAGCAAUGGGACCAGGUCGGGAAUCAGUGAUGCAUUUCCCUGUGGGCUGAUUUUCACACCCGGCCCUCUCUGGCUCUGUGUUCCAGGUUUCACCACUCAGACAGCUUCAGAUAGAGAGCCUGGCUCACUGGUGUUGUGUGGCAGUGAGUGUCAGUGUUGGGAGGCCACACUGUAGGGUGUUGGUGUGUUCCAGCACUUAACUGAUUAACUUAAGCCACUGCUGGGCCCUAAUGUCCACACAGCCAGUUUCCAAGGCUUCAACUGGCCUCUUACUGAACGGGAAGCACAGACACUGCAGCCCUCCAGGAUAUGAGUUUGACACCCCUGUGCUACUGUCCUUUCUUUGUAAACGUUGAACAGUUGUACCGAUUUAAGUCUGAUCUAAGCUCUGAUCGAGGUUAAGCUCUGAUUUAAAUCGUCAUAGCUGGACAUGUCCUUUCAUUUCCAUUCAUUUACAUACACAGAGUUGCCAUUUUGUGAAGGAGGCUUGUCCCCUGCUCUUUCAGUCCAGUGCAGUGCAGCAGUGACCGAGCUGAUGAGAACCCACACUGAAGCACUUAUAGGAACAGACAGCAAAGCCACUUUUCUCUCUGGAUCUAUCACACUAAUGAAAUACCUUCGGAAUGAUGACAAUUAGACAAUUAGCGUGUAGUGUACACUUGUAGCAGAAUUUUGUCAUAAUUCACUUAGAGAAUUUCAUUUACUAGUUGUAUAUUAUCAUAUUUAUGUUUGUAUGUUUUGAUAUUCUGUGUCCUUAUUUUCUGCAAAGUAUUUGCCCUUUUUAUUUUCAGUCAUCUAUUUGGUUCUUUUUGCUUCCUUUGUUACUGUACAUAACCGUAGCAGAUGUUAGCUUUACUUGAAGGAAACUCCAUACCAUUUGCUGUGAAGACUUUGGUGGAGAGAAAACCUAUACUUUUUAUUGUGCUUGCGAUGACUGGUGUUCCUUUCUAUGUUUUGGUUUUUGAAUAAAUCUUAUUUAAACUAAGGGAAAAUGCA